AUGAACCUGUCCACAAUUCUUGGGAACAUGGGGACAUUUCAAUUGCAAACCCCAUCCGGCUGUCGCUGGACGCCGCGAUUGGCCGUCUCAGGCGGAACCUCCAUGCCGCUGUGGAGAGACGAAGAUCCGACGCUGCGCUGCCGCCUAUCAGUGUUAGAGAAGGCCGAUUACCUGAGCAGGGCGAGGCUUCCGGGGCUCCACUGCAGUCGGCGCAAGAUUCGUCCGGCGCACAAUUUCAUGCCGCCGGAUGGCCGCCCAUGCCGCAAGGGGGUGUCUGUCUGUUCUUCUCUGAAGAAGUUGUUGUUCCUGCGUGGUAGCUCCUUGGUGGUGGUAUCAUCUUGGGUUAUCAUCCAGCAAUUGCGCGUCUACCCCUGUAAGUUCCUCGUCUUCGUCUUCGUCUACAACGGUCCCGCGACCGGCGCCUUCGUCGUCGACUUUGCAUCACACUAG